AUGACCUGGCACUCUAUUGCCCUCGGUCUAGCCACCUUUGCCGGCUUGGGCCUACUGUAUGGCGUCUCAGUGGCCCUCUUCUCACCUCUUCGCAAAAUACCAGGCCCCGUUGCAGCCCGAUUCACUAACCUAUUCCACCUCAACCACAUUCACCAUAAAUGCUUCCAUUACGAGAACAAAGCCUUACACAACAACUAUAGGCCUCUCCUAUACCUAAAUGAAAACCUUAUAAGCAUCGACGACCCGAGGGCUUUAAAACCCAUCUACGAGGUUGGCUCGAGGUUUCCCAAGAGCGACUGGUACACCGCCUGGAUAGCUCCUGGGCCGAAUGGCCAUAAGGGAGGGAGAGAGUGGAAUGUGAGGAGGCACGGAGACAAGGCAGAGGUUUGGGAGAAGGGGACCACGAGGGACUUCCUGGAUCGACUUCUCGACAAGCAUGAGGAUAACCCCGACAAGACGACCAUGUAUCACGUCUUUCUUGUUGGCCUGGCAAACAUCAACGCCGGCUCUGACACGACCGCCGCGACUAAGCUGCGGGAAGAAAUCGACAGCUUCACUGCCCAGGGCCAGCUGUCUGCACGCCUGACAUUCAAGGAGACGCAGCGAAUGCCCUAUCUUGACGCGGUAGUGAAGGAGGCCCUGCGACUACAUUCGGCCGUGGGGCUCCCUCUUUGGCGCGUGGUUCCACAAGGCGGACUCGACAUCGCUGGGCAAUACCUACCCGCGGGCACCAACGUCGGCAUCAAUGCCUGGGUCGCCCACUUCAAUGAAGGUGUUUGGGGCGACGAUGCCAGGCAGUUCAGACCAGAGCGCUGGCUUGAGGCUUAA